AUGGCCUUGCUCAUGGUGAUGUCCUAUGACUGCUAUGUGGCCAUCUGCCAUCCUCUGCACUAUGAAGUUAUCAUGAAGAAGAGUAGCUCCCUAAAGAUGGCCUCUUAUGCUUGGUUCAGUGGUGGAGUGUCAGGAAUCCUGCACACAGCCACAACCUCUUCCUUGACAUGCAGGGCAUCCAAUCUGGUGCAUCAAUCCUUCUGUGAGAUCCCUCAGUUACUCAGACUCAGUUGCUCAGAGGAGAACUUUGCAGAAGUUGGAACAGUUGCUGUUACCUCCUCAUUGAGCUUUGCCUGUUUUGUCUUUGUUGCUCUCUCAUAUAUUCACAUCUUCUCUACAGUAGUGAAGAUCCCAUUGACUAUAAGUCAGUCCAAAGCCUUGUCCACCCGUGUUCCUCACCUGAUGAUUGUUACUUUUUUCCUUAGUGUUGCUGCAGUGGCACAUUUGAAGCCAACCACAGAUGUCCCCACUCUUUAUGACCUGUUGGUGUCAGUGUUCUAUACAAUAGCUCCCCCAACCCUGAACCCUAUUAUCUAUGGCCUAAGAAAUAAGGACAUUAAGACUGCUGUGCAGAAGUCUUUAAAGAUCACUUGUUUGGGUUCAGUCACGUGCUGA